UUUUUUUUCUUCCCCUUUCUCUGUUUAUUGCUACAGUGUUGACAAAGCACAAAACUGGGAAAUCCACAAGAAGGUUGGAUACGGUUGACUUUUCCUAAUCUUGGAUUUCACACUUGGACUUUACAUGGUAGGUGCCUUUCUUGAUCAAAGGUGUCUGAUCUAUUAUGGAUCCCCACCCCCAGAUGGAGAUUGGGUCUCACUAUGUAGCAAAGCAUGUCUGGGGUCUUCUCCCAAUCCUCCUGCCUCAGCCUUAGUAUUGGGAUUACAGGCAAAUACCACCUGAAUCUGAACCAUGUAUCAGGUUGUGCUAAUCACAACUCUGCACUUUACUCACAGUCUAUUUAUUAAAACGUUUUCUGCUAUGAGAUUCAUAACAUUUUAUUUCAAGGACCAUUCUGUGCAUUCUUUAUUAAUUACCACCAUGCACUCUGUUUUGUGGCUGUUUAAAAUGGGGCACACGAGUAGUAAGUUCGGCUUUAUAACAAUGACUAAUUCGCACACCUCGGAUGUAAUGUUGGAUGGCUGUAGGUUCUCGUCAACAUCUACCACUUCUGGUCCCAUCACUCUCAGACCGGCUGCUUAUAUCGGGAGGCAGCGUCCUGACCCUCCGCGACCUCUUUGUCAUGGCGUCCGCGGGGCGUCUAAUAGCCGACGCUUUCGCAGCUGGGCGGGCGUGGACCUUCCCAAGAUGGCGGGGCUGAGCCCACUGCGCGCGGUGGGCGGGGUUCCGACGCCGGAGGCGGGGCAGCAGGGCCGAGGGGUCGGGCUAGCAGGCGUGCCGCUUCUGAAGUAGGCAGGCUCAGCGCGCUUGCGCGGAGCGGCCCUGCGCGCAGUGAGGCAGUGGCGGGGGAAGGCACCGGUGGGGCCGACGGGCGGGCUGAGGAGGGAAGCGGGCGAGCGAAGUCCCAGUGCGCGCCGCGGCGGCCCGGGUACCCUCCCCUUCCGGGCGUGAGCCGCUGAGAGGAAAGCCGAGCGGAGCGGACUCGCAUAGGCAGCGAGGUGCUUCUCGGGUCUCCCAAGACCGGCCUCCCGCGGCUUCGGCGCUCCAGUCGCGGGGCCCGGGUUCCUCAACACACCUAGCUUCAGCCACCGUCAGAGCUUGUCCCCCAUCCGUCGAAGUCCCGGCGGCAGCCCGGGCUCUUGGUGGGGAGGAUGACGGAGCUGCAGUCGGCACUGCUACUGCGAAGACAGCUGGCAGGUUUGGCUGGCUUGGGAUUCUCUUUGUUAGACCAAGAUGGCCUCAAGAGAUCAGCAUACUUGAGCACUGGGAUUAAAGAACUCAACAAAAAUCCAGUGGAAGGCUUUUCAGCAGGUUUAAUAGACGACAAUGAUCUCUAUCGUUGGGAAGUCCUUAUUAUUGGUCCUCCAGAUACACUUUAUGAAGGUGGUGUUUUUAAGGCUCAUCUCACUUUCCCAAAAGAUUAUCCCCUCCGACCUCCUAAAAUGAAAUUCAUUACAGAGAUUUGGCACCCAAAUGUUGAUAAAAAUGGUGAUGUUUGCAUUUCUAUUCUUCAUGAACCUGGAGAGGAUAAAUAUGGUUAUGAGAAGCCAGAGGAACGCUGGCUGCCUAUCCAUACUGUGGAAACCAUCAUGAUUAGUGUCAUUUCUAUGCUGGCAGAUCCUAAUGGAGACUCACCUGCAAAUGUAGAUGCUGCGAAAGAAUGGAGGGAAGACAGAAAUGGAGAAUUUAAAAGGAAAGUUGCCCGCUGUGUAAGAAAAAGCCAAGAAACUGCUUUUGAGUGAUGUUUAUUCAAUAGCUAGUAACUUCACUUAUUUCAGGGUCUCCAAUUGAGAAACAUGGCACUGUUUUUCCUGCACUCUACCCACCUAUUGCUGGACUUCUGUUGUAACAAGUUGGCAAACUCUGGCUGGAACUGGGCUGCAAUAAAACAUGCCAGUCAUUAAUGCUGACAAGAGCCUAACAAGUGCCAACUUACAGAUGAUUACGCAUUUUGAAUUCUAAUGAACUGUUUUAACCUUCAGGAAGAAUUGUAAAGACCUGUACAUAGCACAACAUGAUCCGGAUAAUAUAUAUACUGUUCAUGUACAUCCACAAACACACCUUGUACCAAAUAAUGCUGUCUUGUAGUAGAAUAAGAAUCGUGUAAAUUCUAAAAGACUUUAGCAGGUUUUCUUUUCCCAUUCAUCGUUUUUUAUCAGUUCAAAAAGAUUUCUUAAAGCAUGUCAGGUGAAAACCAAUAAGGAUUAAAAGUUUCCAUAUAAUUUCCUUUAAACCAUUGAGUCUUUCAUUACACUCUUUCCAUUUACUAAUCUUUUAUAUUUUCUUUGUUUUUGGCACACUCCCCCUUCCUUUUAUCUCUUCUAUCUGCCAGAAAGUUCUCAAAUCAUUUAGCUAAAAUACUGAAAUACUAGAAAAUUACUUGAUUUUCACGAUGACUUCAGAGGUGGGGUCAUCACUAGGUGCUUUGUCCUUUUUGUACUCUGAUUCACCCAUCUCUUGGAUUGGAUGUAGCAAUAACAUUUUCUGGCUGUUGAGAGCUCUUGAUCCUAGUCACUAUCUCCUGAGAACUUUAAAAAAAAAAAAAGUAAAGUCUGUUCUAAGUUCAUCUUAGUGAAAUUUAUUCCAAACAAUACAAAAAUCCAGAUUUGGUUUUAUUUUUGCCCUUAAGUUGUCUGAUAUUAAGGUUGGAUGAAUAUAGCAUGCGCAGCUACAGGCUUUCUACAUCUGGGAUUGCUAUUACAAAUGCUAUUUGUCCUAUUACCCUUCUCCUUAGCCCAUAUUUGUUUCUUCUUACAGCAGAUUUUCCUCACCUAUUGUACAAAGAAAUUGCGAUGUAUAUUUUCAUGUAAUUUGAUUUUGGAAUUUUGUCACCUUAUGUAGUGAGUUCUUCCAAAAUAUAAUUUUUUUCCAAUAA